ACCGACUCAGCCACUUUCUCUCUCUCUCUCUCUCUCUCUCUCUCUCUCUCUCUCUCUCUCUCUCUCUCUCUCUCUCUCUCUCUCUCUCUCUCUCUCUCCUCGGGAUCAAGAAAAGUGAAGAAGAAUGAGAAUGACAAGAGAUGGAAAAGAACAUGAAUACAAGAAAGGUUUAUGGACAGUGGAAGAAGACAAGAUCCUCAUGGAUUAUGUCCGAACUCAUGGCCAGGGCCACUGGAACCGCAUCGCCAAGAAAACUGGGCUCAAGAGAUGUGGGAAAAGCUGUAGGUUGAGAUGGAUGAACUACUUAAGCCCUAAUGUUAACAGAGGCAAUUUUACUGACCAAGAAGAAGAUCUCAUCAUCAGACUCCACAAGCUCCUCGGCAACAGAUGGUCGUUGAUAGCGAAAAGAGUUCCGGGAAGAACAGACAACCAAGUAAAGAAUUACUGGAACACACAUCUCAGCAAGAAACUUGGUCUCGGAGAUCAUUCAACUGCCGUCAAAGCCGCAUGCGGUGUAGAGUCUCCACCGUCUAUGGCCCUUAUAACCACAACGUCCUCCUCUCAUCAAGAGAUCUCCGGUGGAAAAAAUUCAACUCUAAGGUUCGACACUUUAGUUGACGAAUCCAAACUCAAACCAAAAUCCAAACUAGUCCACGCAACACCAACUGACGUAGAAGUUGCAGCUACGGUUCCAAAUCUGUUCGAUACCUUUUGGGUUCUUGAAGACGACUUCGAGCUUAGUUCACUCACUAUGAUGGAUUUUACUAAUGGGUAUUGCCUUUGAAUAUCUUUGAUGAUUAGCUUCUAAAAAGUAAUUAAUUAUCGAAUAAUAGAUUAUAAUGAACAAUAAUAAUAAUAUGAAUACAAUUAAAUUUUUUUCCGAAUAUUUGCUUGUAGCUUUUGUACUUUCUUUUGUAAAAGUAAGGAUGAUCAGUUGAUAAAAAAAUCUUAUACUAGAAAGUUAUUUGGUUAUGUCC